CCCCGCCCGUCCUCCGGCCAAGAUGUCUGACAUGGAGGAUGAUUUCAUGUGCGAUGAUGAAGAGGACUAUGACCUGGAAUACUCUGAAGAUAGUAACUCUGAGCCAAAUGUGGAUCUGGAAAAUCAGUACUACAAUUCCAAAGCAUUAAAGGAGGAUGAUCCCAAAGCAGCAUUGAGCAGUUUUCAGAAGGUUUUGGAGCUUGAAGGUGAAAAAGGAGAAUGGGGAUUCAAAGCACUGAAACAGAUGAUUAAAAUAAACUUCAAAUUGACUAACUUUCCUGAAAUGAUGAACAGAUAUAAACAGCUAUUGACCUACAUACGGAGUGCAGUUACAAGGAAUUACUCUGAAAAAUCCAUCAAUUCUAUUCUUGAUUAUAUCUCCACUUCCAAACAGAAUUCUGAUUUUUUAUGCCAGAUGGAUUUGCUUCAGGAAUUUUAUGAAACAACACUUGAAGCUCUGAAAGAUGCUAAGAAUGAUAGAUUGUGGUUUAAGACAAACACAAAGCUUGGCAAAUUAUAUUUAGAACGAGAAGAAUAUGGAAAAUUACAGAAGAUUUUGCGCCAGUUGCAUCAGUCAUGCCAGACUGAUGAUGGAGAAGAUGAUUUAAAAAAGGGCACCCAGCUAUUGGAAAUCUAUGCAUUGGAAAUUCAAAUGUAUACAGCACAGAAAAAUAACAAAAAACUUAAAGCACUAUAUGAACAGUCAUUGCACAUCAAGUCUGCCAUUCCUCAUCCACUGAUCAUGGGGGUCAUCAGAGAAUGUGGAGGCAAAAUGCACUUAAGGGAAGGAGAAUUUGAAAAGGCACACACUGACUUUUUUGAAGCAUUCAAGAAUUAUGAUGAAUCAGGGAGUCCUAGAAGAACCACUUGCUUAAAAUAUUUGGUCCUAGCAAACAUGCUGAUGAAGUCCGGAAUAAAUCCAUUUGACUCUCAGGAGGCUAAACCAUACAAAAAUGAUCCCGAGAUUCUAGCAAUGACAAAUUUAGUAAGUGCCUAUCAGAAUAAUGACAUCACUGAAUUUGAGAAGAUUCUGAAAACAAAUCACAGCAACAUCAUGGACGAUCCCUUCAUAAGGGAGCACAUUGAAGAGCUUUUGCGAAACAUCAGAACACAAGUGCUUAUAAAAUUAAUUAAGCCUUAUACAAGAAUACAUAUUCCUUUUAUUUCUAAGGAAUUAAACAUAGAUGUAGCUGACGUGGAGAGCUUGCUUGUGCAGUGCAUAUUGGAUAACACUAUUCAUGGCCGAAUUGAUCAAGUCAACCAGCUCCUUGAACUGGAUCAUCAGAAGAGGGGUGGUGCACGAUAUACUGCAUUAGAUAAAUGGACCAACCAACUAAAUUCUCUCAACCAGGCUGUAGUCAGCAAGCUGGCUUAACAGAAAACAAGCUUUUUCAAAACGUACUUAAGGCAACAGUGCAGUGAUGUAAACCUUAAAAGAACUGGGAAUGGCAAAACUACUGUCGGUUGAUGUGCCCUGAAAUUAUUGGAGUUAUGGCAGAAGUGCUUUUUUGAUCAGCUGGUUUGUGUUUUGCUGCUGCAUUUAUCCCAAGAAAAACAGCUUUAAUCUCCAGAAGAAAACCAAAAUGCCACGGGAUUUAUGCUGUAUUGACAUCUCGCCCUAAACAUACAACAUGAUAGUAAUUUGUCAAGGGCAACUAAUGACCAGAGAGAAGAUUUUUUUGUCAUGAUUUUAAAUACACUGACAUGUUACUGUUGGUUAAAUUUAAACAUGUUUUACCUGCAGAAAUUCUCUCACAGAAAUAACCUGCAAUAACUUGAAAUGCAUACCCUUUUGAACACUUCCUUUUCUCAUGUAUUAAUUGAAAUGUUUGCUGCAUUUUUCAAAAUGUCAAUUCUCCAAAAAUGUGUCCGUAUAUUUCUGUACCUGCAGCGUAGUAAAGGUUUAGAGGAAACCCCGUAAUUAUAGUGGCAUACUGUCACUUAGGUUUCAAGCAGCAAAAUAAACAGUGCAGUUCAGAAAUUGUA